AUGAACAAACCCUUCCUGUUGCUCUUUUCCCUCUCCUGCCUCAUUGUGGCAGCAACACCACUGAUAUGUGUAACAUGCCACCUUCGCACCCUGACAGACCACUGCAGAAGAGGCUAUGGCAUCUGCGUUGCUCAGGAGCACGAGACCUGCAUGAGCCUAAAGAUCUACCAGCAUGAUGUUCUCCAAGUAUCAUAUAUGGUGUGUCAGAAGUUCUGCAAUAACUUGAAAUACGACCUCAACAAUCGGACUUAUGUGCAUCGAUGCUGCCAGAGCAACUAUUGUAACUUUAGAACGUAG